UUGUGUGACAGUAUUUUGAUUUGGACUUGGCUGGCUGAGACGCGAAGCGAGCGGAGGAGGGACGGGAGCGACUGGGAAGCCGGAGCGGUUCCAGGCGAGGUCGGGAGAGGCGGUGACGGCGGCGCCUGGAAGACCCUCCCCUCCCCGCCAGCCAUCCCGCCUUCCCCCGCCGCCCCUUCCGCGCUGCCCGCCACAGCAGCAGCAGCAGCAGCCCCGGCACGGACACCCCCCCUUGCUCCCUCCCCCCGGUGGCGGCGGGAGGCAGCGACGGCUCCGGAGUGGCUCGGAGGGGUCGCCUGUCUGGCUGGAGGCGGCGGUGGCGGCGAGUGCCGCUGCUGCGGGGGACGGAGGAGGAGCCCGCGCGGAGGAAGGUUUCCUUUUGGGCGUCGGAUCUGCUUGUCUCUCUGCUUUUCCCCGAAGAAGAAGAGGAGGUCCCGUUCUUGACUCCUAACUGUCCCAAUUUAAUGGAUGUAGGAGAUUUUGGACUGAUUGUAUGUAUACGUUUAGCUUUAUGUUGACCAUGAGUCUUGUGAUGAUAAGUGAGAAUGUGAAGCUAGCACGUGAAUAUGCGUUGCUUGGGAAUUAUGAUUCUGCUAUGGUUUACUAUCAGGGAGUACUUGACCAAAUGAGCAAAUAUCUCUCUUCUGUCAAGGAUACGUAUCUUCAGCAGAAAUGGCAACAGGUUAGGCAGGAGAUAAGUAUAGAAGCUAAGCAUGUGAAGGAUAUCAUGAAGACACUAGAGAGUUUUAAAUUAGACAGCACUCCUUUAAAAGCAGCACAUCAGGAAUUACCAGCUCAUGAUGGAGAAGUUUGGUCGUUGCCUGUACCUGCAGAACGUAGAUCUUCACCAGGGCCUCGGAAACGUCAGUCAGCUCAGUGCAGUGAUUGCAGAAACCAAAAUAACCGAGCCGGAGCAGCUGCUAGAGUCCUUCAUCGGCCUUCUUCCCGAAAUACUAAUGAGAAAGGCAAAGUUGUUCGUGGUCGGGAAAAGAAAGAUCCAUUAAAUAAAGGAAAAGAGGAAAAAAAUAAGUCCUCAACUGAUAUUUCAGAACCUGAGCCAAAGAAAUUUGAUGGCACUGGAUAUGAUAAAGACUUAGUAGAAGCUCUAGAAAGAGAUAUCAUUUCCCAAAAUCCCAAUGUUCGAUGGGAUGAUAUAGCUGAUUUAGUGGAUGCUAAAAAAUUACUCAAGGAGGCAGUAGUUUUACCCAUGUGGAUGCCAGAAUUUUUUAAAGGAAUCAGAAGGCCCUGGAAGGGUGUAUUGAUGGUUGGUCCUCCUGGCACUGGGAAAACGCUGCUUGCAAAAGCCGUAGCCACUGAAUGCAAAACUACCUUUUUCAACGUAUCAUCAUCAACACUCACUUCAAAAUACAGAGGAGAAUCUGAAAAGCUUGUUCGCCUGUUAUUUGAAAUGGCUCGGUUCUAUGCACCAACAACAAUAUUUAUCGAUGAAAUUGACUCCAUUUGUAGCCGUCGAGGAACUUCAGAGGAACAUGAAGCCAGCCGAAGGGUGAAGGCAGAAUUACUUGUUCAGAUGGAUGGAGUGGGAGGUGCUUCUGAAAAUGAUGAUCCUUCCAAAAUGGUGAUGGUACUUGCUGCUACUAAUUUUCCAUGGGAUAUUGAUGAAGCAUUACGACGUCGCCUGGAAAAAAGAAUUUAUAUUCCUUUGCCAUCAGCCAAAGGCAGAGAGGAGCUACUCAGAAUAAAUCUACAGGAGUUGGAACUUGCUGAUGAUGUUGACCUUGUCACUAUUGCACAGAAUAUGGAAGGUUAUUCUGGAGCUGACAUUACCAAUGUGUGCAGAGAUGCUUCACUGAUGGCUAUGAGAAGGCGUAUUGAAGGCUUGACACCAGAAGAAAUCAGAAAUCUUUCCAGGGAUGAAAUGCACAUGCCAACAACAAUGGAAGAUUUUGAAAUGGCCUUAAAAAAAGUUUCAAAAUCAGUCUCUGCUGCGGACAUUGAGAAAUACGAGAAAUGGAUUUUUGAAUUUGGAUCAUGUUAAGCCUUUCUACCUUGAGAAAUCUGCCUUAAGUAUUCAAAGAGUUCCAAAAGUAAUGAAAAAGUAGUACUCCUGGGUGCUCAGUGCUAUUUUUUAACUUUUUGUAACAACCAUAUAUAAUAAAGUUAGUUUUUUAAA